AUGACUAAAAUACCCUCAAGAAUUUUAAACCGGAGGGGCAUUUCCCUCCUCUUCAGGAAUGAAGAGUGAGCAAAAGAUAAUGAGAAAUAGCCACAUGCUCUCCUUAUUGGAACGAUGCAAGAGCAUGACACAGCUCAAACAGCUGCAUGGGCAAAUGAUCACCACGGCGCAAGUUAGCGACGUGAUCCCACUGAGCAGGCUGUUGGAUUUCUGCGCGAAUUCGGAAGCCGGCGAUCUCAACUAUGCCCGAUCGGUCUUCCUCCACAUCGACCGCCCGACCGUCUUCAUGUGGAAUUCGAUGAUAAAAGGGUUAUCAAAUGGCAACGAACAGGACAGACCCCUGUCCUUGUACAGGAAAAUGCAGCGGUCGGGCUACUCGCCGGACCAUUUCACGUUCCCUUUCGUGCUCCGAUCCUGCGCGAAGAUCUCGUCCGUCAAUUGCGGCAGGUGCGUUCACGGCCGCAUUGUAAAAACUGGGUUCGAGGCAGACUUAUACGUUUCGAGCAGUUUGAUCUAUAUGUAUGCUUCAUGCGCCGAUCUGGAAGCCGGGAGGCUGGUGUUUGAGGAAAUGCCCAAGAGAAAUGUGGUGUCUUGGACCACUUUGAUUGCUGGAUACGUUAACAACAAUCGCCCGGAUGAGGCGAUAAAGGUGUUUAAGGAAAUGGAAAUCACGGAAGUCAAGCCCAAUGAGAUUACCAUGGUGAACGUCUUGGUUGCUUGUGCUGAGACGAGGGAUCUAGAGACCGGGAGGUGGGUCCACAGCCAUCUUCGCCAAAUUGGCAUGGACCCAUUUCUGUCGAAUUCGACAUGGAAUGUCAUCCUUGCCACUGCCAUUUUGGACAUGUAUGCAAAGUGUGGCAGUUUAAAGUUUGCGAAGGAGCUGUUCGAUGCAAUGCCUGAACGAAAUGUGGUGUCCUGGAAUGCCAUGAUUGGUGCCUAUAAUCAGUAUGGCUGGGCCAACGAAGCGGUGAGAUUAUGUGCUGAUAUGCGUGUUGCGGAUGUAAAGCUGGAUGAGGUGACAUUGUUGAGCUUAUUGGGUGCAUGCGCUCAGCUUGGAGCAUUGGGUUUGGGCCAAGGAGCUCAUGCUUAUAUAGAAAAGAACAACAUCUACAAGGACGUAGCAAUCAGCACUUCUCUCCUAGACAUGUACGCUAAGACCGGGGAUAUGCAUAGUGCACUCCAAAUCUUUCAUCAUUUACCCAGGAAAGAUGUGAUAACAUGGACUAGCAUGAUCAUUGGGUUGGCCAUGCAUGGGCAUGGAGAGGAUGCGCUGCGCCUUUUUCGACAAAUGCAAGUGGAAGGUAUCUUACCUGACCAUAUUACAUACAUAGGAGUUCUAUGUGCAUGCAGCCAUGCAGGGCUGGUUGAUGAGAGCCGUGAAUACUUCGACUCCAUGACAAAUGUGCAUGGCAUCGCUCCGACAAUUGAACACUAUGGAUGCAUGGUCGACCUUCUGAGCCGAGCAGGUCGACUGAGAGAGGCAGAGAAGUUAGUAGAAUUGAUGCCACUUCCACCAAAUAUUGCUGUAUGGAGUGCUCUUUUAAGUGGGUGUGAGAUCCAUUGCAAUGUGGAUAUAGCCGAGCGAAUAGGGAACCGCAUUGAAGAAUUGAAUCCUCAGGGCAGUGGGAUUUAUUUGCUUCUUUCCAAUAUAUACGCAAAGGCGGGAAGAUGGCAAGCAGUGGAGAUGGCUAGGGAACUAAUGAGGCAUAAAGGGAUUGAGAAAACUCAUGGUUGCAGUUCUAUUGAAGCGAAUCAGCCCAGUACAUAAAUUCUUUGUAGAUGGAUCAUACGAAAAUCUAAGCUUGGUGAGCAGAUGAGAGUUAAUUUCUCUCCAUUGUGCAAAGGUUUUGGGUUCUUGUGCUCUACAGGUCCACGUCAAAGCACUUGUUUGACAGCAGUUAAACAAAUGGGAUUCACACCUGGAUAAACCUGAAGCAAAGAAGCUUCUAUUCCUAACAUGUCCUUCAUGCGCCAGGGAGAAGUGGAAACGGUUUAUCCUCUGUUUCUUUACUGGAUCGCGACUAACGUUAUUUGGGCCAUGUCCUUCAUGUGCUGGCUAGAAGCGGAAAUGUCUGAUCCUCUGUUUCUUUAUUGCAUCAGGACUAGGGUUAUUUGGGCCAUGUCCUAAAUUUUCAAUCUGUUUGAUAUUGGUCAGAUGCUCCUAUCUUCUGCAGUUCAUAUCUUUCUUGAGCAGUAAAGUGCCCCUUUCAAGAUUGCUGCAGGGGCUCUUCCUAGUGCUAUAAUGUGGGGUAUAUGAAAGGAGAGAAAUGGACAUAUUUUCAAAGAUGGAUCUAAAAACCUUCAGGUGGUUGUUGAGAACAUUGGAUUUUCUC